GGAUUGCAUUUUUUUGGCAGCGAGGAUUACAAGCUUUUUCUCCGGACUGGGCCCAAUUGGACCGCGUUUGUCGCCGAACAGUAUGGCGUGUUCUUCUCCGAAUGUGGUUCUGUUUUACAACGACCGAGUGAUGUGGCAGCCGCUUUCCAGUCGCGGCACCGAAAAUCGCAAUCGUCCGACGGCCGGACCCCGCGUCGAUGGUUCCGGCAGAGCUCGGCGUUUUUCGCUGCCGGCCCCGGCGGCUCUACUCGCGGCCAUCUAACUCAGGAAAGUCCGUGGCUUGGCCUGUUAUCGCCUGUGACCAGGCCCGCGCUGUCGGCUAUGCAGAAGCUCUUCCCAGAACAUCCCCGAACCUUGACUGGAGAGUUACAGAACGGGAUGCUUGGUGACUGUCGGCACUUCUCAAUGCGAACUGAGCAGAACCUGGUACCGGACUCGAUGUCCUGGAUUUCGACAGGCGGCCUGCGGGAUUUGGGAAUUGACUGUGUAUCAGAAGUCGAGUUCGACUUCGGGCGCGACGAGCCGUCUGGACUUUUAACUUCAGAGAGGACUUUGGUGAGUUUUGUCUCAACUCAGGGCGCCCGGUCCGAGUUCGUGGAGAAGCCAAGCCAGAAAUGGUGGCGUGGGAGCGGUGUCUCCUCGGACCUCUCCUUGGCCAAAGGGCAUGUGCUUAGGACGCUACAUAGACCAGAAAAACCAGCCACCAAACCGACCAGUCUUCUCUGGAAGAUCGUGGACGACACCAUUAGUGGAGCAGCUCUGAACCUUGAAAAAGUAGAGUUGGUCUGCCCUGCUGCCUUUAGCCAGGAGAGUCUAGCAACACCAGAGCCGGAGCAUGGAUAUGCUAGUCUGGAGGACAUACCAGUCCAGCAGUUUGGAGACCCAGUGGAGGCCCUUCAUGCGUCUGCUGCUGAUGAAGACUCAGGGUCUGAGGUGAAAGAUGCAAGAGGAGACUGUCGCAACAAAGCCAUCGCCUUCAUCAUGGGCCUCCCCUGCAGUGAGGAUGAAGAUAGUCAGUCAGAUGAUGAUGAUGAUGAUGACGGCUUCGACAGCCAGGGCUCUUCUCAGCUCUCCGCUUCCUCUGAUGAAGAAGGUGACGACAGCUCUGAUGGUAACUCUGAGUCGGUGAGGCUCUGGACCUCGUUCCUCUCCACGGAGGACCCGUACAAUCCCCGGAACUUCACAGCCCCUCAGCACACCUCUUGCAUGCUACCUCAGGCUUCUGACUCCACGUCCACGACCCAGUCCUGUGAACCAGCCAGUCCUCCCUGUUCUUCAUCCCCUGUCUUCUCUGCGUCCCCGCCAUGUGCUCAAGACAUCUGGGCUGACUCCAUUUCAGGCAGUGAUGAUGAUGAUGAUGAUGACGAGGAGGAAGACGACGAGGAGGAGGACGAUGACAACGACGAUGAUGAUGAUGAUGUCGACGAGGAGGAGACUGCUCGUCUCCUAAGCCUCUUCAGCUCCUCGGACCCCUAUAACCCGUUCAACUUUCAGGCUCCAGUGAGGACUCAACAGCCUGCUGAGUAUAGAACCAAAGAUGAACCAGGAACCUCGUCCCUGACACACCCGAGUCCUCCCUGUCCUACUGCUGCACCGGAAAGCAAGCAAGCGAGGUCCAAGUCCACUCGAACGACAAAGAAGGUCCAUUUCUGUGAAGAUGUGGAGGAGUUCUUUGCCGGCAGCAUCGAGGAGGACCGCAAAGGUCCAUGGGAGGAGCUUGCCCGGGACCGCCACCGUUUCCUGCGGCGCUGCCAGGAGGUGGAGCUGAGCAUCUCCUACUGCUUUCAGCCACAGCACCGAAAGCUUGUAUACUUUCGUAAUGUCUCCCAGGGUAAAACUUGAUGGUGUCCUGGUCACUUGGUGGUCUGAGAUGGGUGGCGCCCACCCCCCACCUCCUUUGACUCAACGUUGCAGCUGACCCUGGAACAGUAAGGCUUGAGAAGAGGCCAAAGAUGAUAGAAGUUUAAUCCACGAUCAGUAUCAGGGACACAAUGUGCUCUGUCUUUGAAUGGACUCGGGUGAUUUCUGACCCCCAAUAUUCAAAUCUAAGACGGACUAACAGUGUUUUAAAAGUUUGGUGUGAUUCUAUUUU